CACAGAGGUCAGUGGUGUCUGGGAUUACGCAAGCACGGAAGACGUGACAUUGCUAAAAUUCCCAAAACACUAUCAGCAAGGAACGAAGAAACAGGUUUGUAAUCAGGAAGACCUUUUAAAUAACCCACCCAAAGGAAAUGCAUAUACAAAACGAUCGUCAAAGAGGAGAUAAAACAAGUCCAUUGACCUAAACUGUCACCAUAGCACAGGGAACAAGUUUAAACUGUCGUUGUGAAACAUUGAGGAGAACAAAGUUCAUACGAAGUUUCUGCUAUUACGACAACACAAAGCUUCUAGUAUUACGACAAUGAAGAAGUCGUUUCUGUAAGUGAAUGAGCCAAAGACAAACCAGUUAACAUCUUUUCUUUGAAAUCUGGUGAGGACACAUGGUGAGGACUGUAAAGAUGGAGCAGGACUGUCAAGUCGGAAAACCCAUGCCUCCAGCUGAUCCCAAUCUGACAAGCCCAGACAAUCAUCAUGACCUCACUGCCAGUGCAAGAGAGGAAGUGGGAAGCACCAAGGAGAACGAGGGUGAUUCCACACACAUGGACCAGAGCAAUGCCCAAGAGAAGCCAGUCAUGAAAACUAAGAUGGAACCCUCCUCCACAAAACUGUGUGGAUACCUGAACAAACUUGGGGGGCCCUUGAAGGCCUGGAAAGCCCGCUGGUUUGUUUUCGAAGAGAAGAAGUGCCAGCUGUACUACUACAGAACAUCACAGGAUGUCAAUCCCUUGGGAAGCAUUGACCUGGCUAACGCUACCUUUGGCUACCCGGAUCAAGCUCAGGAAGGGACCUUUCAAAUUCAAAUCCCAGGACGGGUUGUUGUGCUGAAGCCAAAGACAAACCAGUUAACAUCUUUUCUUUGAAAUCUGGUGAGGACACAUGGUGAGGACUGUAAAGAUGGAGCAGGACUGUCAAGUCGGAAAACCCAUGCCUCCAGCUGAUCCCAAUCUGACAAGCCCAGACAAUCAUCAUGACCUCACUGCCAGUGCAAGAGAGGAAGUGGGAAGCACCAAGGAGAACGAGGGUGAUUCCACACACAUGGACCAGAGCAAUGCCCAAGAGAAGCCAGUCAUGAAAACUAAGAUGGAACCCUCCUCCACAAAACUGUGUGGAUACCUGAACAAACUUGGGGGGCCCUUGAAGGCCUGGAAAGCCCGCUGGUUUGUUUUCGAAGAGAAGAAGUGCCAGCUGUACUACUACAGAACAUCACAGGAUGUCAAUCCCUUGGGAAGCAUUGACCUGGCUAACGCUACCUUUGGCUACCCGGAUCAAGCUCAGGAAGGGACCUUUCAAAUUCAAAUCCCAGGACGGGUUGUUGUGCUGAAGGCAUUAAACAGCCAAGCCAUGCUGUAUUGGUUGCAGCAGCUGCAAAUAAAACGGUGGCAGCACAAUACCAGCCUGGUGAAAAUACCUGCAGAGGCCUCCACUACCUCCACACAGCUCUGCCAGCUGCCUUCUGCACCUUGGGAAGGAAGGACAGAGGACUUCCUCCCAGCAGUAAAGACCCCCAAGGGCCUAGUCGGAGAAGCCGCAGCCUGUCUGCCAGACCCCUGGCAACAAAAUGCACUGCAAAAGCUCUCCCUCAAGCACCCCAUCACAGAGAUACAGAACACAGUCCUCAAUAUCUGUGGAAACAAGCCAGCUCAGGAGCUGAGGCGGAGUGUGUUCAACUUUGACAAGAUUCAGCAGUCGCAAGACUGUCCCUGUGAGGAUCCUGUGACACAGAUACUGGGGGAAACAACAGCACCGCCUGUACCUCUGACACCCCCAGCACCUACAGUCCUUUCAGCUCCUUCAGUUUCUUCAGUUACAAACGAGUCUGCGCAGGAAGCAAAGACUGGAGGAAAGAGUUCUCCAUCAAGCAGCAUGAACAAGAGGGAGAAGAAAAUGACCAGUUCUCUUCAGCCUUCUGGGGAGGUGGUGUCAGGAAAGGAGGGUAGCCCCGUGGACAAACUAUCCAGACUCCAGCACGAGGUGUUCACGCUCACUGAGGAGCUCAAGUCACAAAAGGAGCUGGUGCGACUCCUUCACAAGGCCCUGGAGGCAGCACAGCAGGAGAAGAGGACCAGCAAACAGUUCCUGGCAGCAGCAGGGGAGCAGGAGCGGCUGGAGCUGGUGCGGCACAAAGAGAGGUGUAUCGCGGACCUGGACGGCCGCCUGGAGGCCCUGCUCAAAGACAAGGAGGAGCUGGAGCAGCGGCUGGCCAUGCAGGACUGCCAAGUGAAUGAGCUGCAGCAGCACGUGCAGCUCAUGAUGGAGAAGAACAACGCCAAGCAGGAAGUCAUCCUCAAGCUCUCCGAGCAGGUGGCCGCCUGCAUGGCUGACCCCCAGCGUACCGUAGCCAACUCCAUGGGCACAGAGACCUUCUGCAGGCUGCAGGAGCAGAUUGAGCACCUCAAGGACGAUAUAGAGGCGCACAAGAUCCAAAACAAGUUCCUCAACUCUGAAGUCUACCAGCUUACUAAGCUGUGGAGGAACAGUUCAGAAGAGGAGAAGGGCCUCCUGAUGAAGUGUGCCUACCUGGAGGCCAAAAACUGCCAGAUUGAGAGCAAGUACCUGGUCAUGCUGCGCAGGCUGCAGGAGAGCAAAGGGCUGGACAGCAGUCAGCAGGAGAUGGUGAAAAGGCUCAUUGAGGACGCACUGCAGGGAGACAAGAAGGAUGUCUUUAAACUCAACCCUGUCAGUGAAUACGACGACUAUGGAUUCAAGACCAUUCCUGAUUAUGAAGUAGAGGACGUGAAGCUCCUGGCCAAAAUCCAGGCCCUGGAGAUCCGUUCCAACAACCUGCGCAACAAUGAGAUGGUGGACAAGCCCUUGCAGACCAGGUGGGCUAACUACCUGGCCAGCCGUCCCUUGGACCAGCUGGCUCCCUCCCCGGAGCUGAAGGGCCUGAUCCGGUGUGGGAUCCCUGUGGAGUACCGGGAGCAGGUGUGGCGCUGGAUCGUGAGGACACGGACGCAGGUCUAUAGGAAGCGGAAUCCCAAUCGCUACCAGGAGCUGAGGAAGCACUGCGAGGUGUCGGAGCAUCCGGCCUCGCGGCAGAUCAGGCUGGACCUGCACCGCACCCUCACCAGCAAUAAGCACUUCUCCUCGCCCACCUCCGACGCAGUCCAAAAGCUGCAGCGCAUUCUGCUAGCUUUCUCCUGGCAAAACCCCACCAUCGGCUACUGCCAGGGCCUCAACCGGUUGGCAGCUAUUGCACUUUUAGUUCUGAAGGAUGAAGAGGAUGCCUUCUGGUGUCUGGUGGCUGUUGUUGAAAUCAUAAUGCCACAAGACUACUACAGCAAAACCCUCACUGCCUCUCAGGCUGAUCAGAGGGUGUUCCGUGACUUUCUUGCUGAGAAGAUGCCUCGCCUGACGGCCCACUUCAAGGAGCACAGCAUCGAUCAUUCCCUCAUCACCUUCAACUGGUUCCUGGUGGUCUUCGUGGAAAGCCUGGUCAGCGACAUCCUGCUCAGAGUGUGGGAUGCUUUCCUCUAUGAGGGCACAAAGGUGAUAUUUCGCUAUGCACUGGCCCUCUUUAAGUACAAUGAAGAGGACAUUCUAAAAAUUCACGACAAUCUGGAAAUCUACCAAUACCUCCGUUUUUUCACCAAAACUAUCUCUGAUGGCAGGAAACUAAUGACCAUAGCGUUUAAUGAUAUGAACCCCUUCCCUAUGAAGCUGCUGAAGAACAGACGAGAGUUUCACAUGGAGAGGCUGACAGCCGAGCUGCAGGAGCUGGAGAGAAUACAGGAGGAGUUUGUGAAAGAACAACAAGUGGAGCGCAAAGACAAGGACCUGGACACUGCUGUCAGCGAAGACGAAGAACUGCUGAAGAACAGACGAGAGUUUCACAUGUAGAGGCUGACAGCCGAGCUGCUGGAGCUGGAGAGAAUACAGGAGGAGUUUGUGAAAGAACAACAAGUGGAGCGCAAAGACAAGGACCUGGACACUGCUCUCAGCGAAGACGAAGAAGUAAUACAGACUGCAGUUAGCUUCCAUCACAUGUCCUGACGUUAUUGAAAAAUUACACAUGACUAAUACUAUUUAAACUAAUUUGUUUGCCUUAUUAUUCCCUGCUGUGGAAUAUAGUGGGGCUUACAUAUUGUGUAUGUCACACAUACAUCUAACUGUUAUCCUUUGUCUGUUGUUGAGUAUAUAGGUAUGUCAGACUUACAUUUUUACAUGUACAGUUCGGCUUUUAUUUUGUAAUGGCGCGUGAUGUACCGACAUACUUGUUUUAGAGUCAACAAAUUAAGUUUACCAAACCUGUCAAAAUGCAGAAUAUUAAUGGAAAUAGGUGUGUUGGUAAUACACACACACUACAUCUCUGAAUGCUUGACUUCAAAUCCAGUUUAAGUCACACAUGAAAGGAGUAUGGUGGUCCUAAGCCCUCGGCUUCCACAUCACAAAACCAACACACAGUGCAGCACAAUUGGCACAAAGGGCAAACCUGUUUCUUAUCUCAUAAAACAGCCUUUUACUAUAAUUGUCAUCUGUCAGUCUCUGAAUUUCUUCAAUCAGCAGUUCCAUUCCACUCAGAUCAAUUUAGUAAAUUAAUUAUUUUGUAGUUUCCCAAGAAAACAAAAACUCAUUAGAGAUCUUGAAAAUUAAUGUCUUGAAAUGUGAUUAAUUUAGGCCAGGCUAAUCUGAACAAGUACAGAGAUUCCAGUUACUUUUCAGACCGGCAACCAGAUUCCAGAUUUUCUAAACGAGACUAUCUCUGAAAUAAACUUAUUUUUUAUGCAUUGGUUGUUUGUUUAUAUUCCUGUAAAUUGCAUAGUUCAGUUAUUGCUAAGUUAAGAGAAAGACGUUGCUCUGUUUAAUUAUGUUAAAUUGUAUGGCAAUCCUUCAUGAUUUGCAUGAAUUCACUUAGGUUUAGAGGUACAGUUUUAAUUCAUGUACCUCUGAUAAACCUAAACUAAGUGACGAAAGCAAAAACACAAACGUUUUUUACUUGAGCUUGAAAAGGAAAAAAUAGGAUGAAUACAGUGCUAUAUAUACUCUGUGUGUGUGUGUGUGUGUGUGUGUGUGUGUGUGUGUAUAUAUAUAUAUAUAAUUGAUCGCUACAUAUAGAUUUUUCAACGCUGGUAAAAUGUUUAAUUCAGUAAUGAUUUUAAAAAUGUUUAUUUUUUAAUUUUUUAGGGAUGCAAGACAUGUAACAACUACGUGUCUAAAGUUUUUAAAUGCCAACUGUUAAAUAAAUAGAAUUAUGGAUAUUAAUGUGUUGAUAGUAGGGAUAGCUUUUGUGACUGGAGCAUGGCUGCAUUGUCUAUUGCGCUGAAUUUUAACCAAUUUUAACAAAUUGUUCCCAUUAUUCUUAUUUUUUAUUUUAGCUUUUCUCUUCAAAUAUUUUUUAGAAAACAAAAAAGCACAAACAAAAUCUCAACGCGUUUCGUCUUAUUCAUGAGUAGACUUAAUUUGAUACAGAGGAACACCCCUUUUUUAUACACUCAAUUUUCCACAGGUUAUUAAUCACCUUUUAAGAGAUGGCUCAGUUGACAAACAACUCUUGAGAAGGGAAACUUUUGUGAUAUUUUUUUUUAAUUCUGUUCCACCACAUGGCCUUAAUGAAGACUUUAAAUAUGGGUAUUUUUUGUAGAAUGUAUGUUUGUAUGUAUACAGUAUAUACCUCUGUUCAUUAUUCAAGUUGCAGAGUAAAAAGAAAAAAGUAACUUAGUAAAAGAAUAUUUAGUGGUAUGAAAAGUUUUGUGUUGACGUACAGAUUGAGUGUUUAAAAUAAUAUAAAAAAGUAUGGUCUUCUGCCUUCUGUUGUCAUUUCUGUACCUAAUUACUUAUUAAUUUCAGUUGUUUUUGAUUGUUCUGAUUGUCAAUUGAAGGUUUGUGACGUAAAGGUGAUUAAUCGCCUGUGGAGAAUUGAGUAUAAAAAAAAGGGGUGUUCCUCUGUAUCAAAUUAAGUUUACUCAUGAUUAAGACUCUGUCGAAACACGUUGAGAUUUUGUUUGUGCUUUUUUGUUUACUAAAAAAUAUGAAGAGAAAAGCUAAAAUAAAAAAUAAGAAUAAUGGAAAAAUGUGUUAAAAUAAAUUAUUUUUGUGAAGAAUGGGUCUUUUUCACUCGAAUCAAUGUAUAAGGGCCUGUUGGCAACCAAUACAAGCUGCCUUUAUUUUCUCAGGUGUUGCCAGGUUGAUUACCUGGUCAAAGACUAAACACAUACAUGUAAAACAUUUAGAACAUAUUUGUAUUCUGUAUUUGUAUAUUAUGAUAUUUUAUUGGAUUUUUUAUGUACGUAUCAUUGCACAAUAGGGAGAAUUAACGAGAACAUUUCUAAUAUUUAGGCGUUCAUUUUUGUAUUGCUGUUUUAUAAUGUGAUGGCAAUCUGAACUAUAGUCAAAGUCUCUCAAAGUGAAUUAUUAUUUUAGGAAAGUAUUACGGCACAAGCACUUAUAUAUUAUCAGUGUCACUCUCCUCACAAGGUUAAACUGUGAAACCCAGAACAUACUUUAACUGGCUGAGAUGAGCCCUUUUCAAGGCAUUUUCUCUGCUGUAUAAUAUAACAGAACUUGUUUUUUGAUGAAAUGGUGUGCAUUUUUUGCAUCCUUUGUGUAAGGUAUUUGAACUGAAAAACAUCAAAUACUGGUAUUAUCAUUGUGUUGUUUUAGAUUUGUUAAACAAAAUCUUAUUCUACUGAAAAUAUUUCUCUUUUGUUUCUAUAAAGGUUUAUAUAAAUACAGUAAUAACAUUUGCUGACACUGCAGUGGAGAAACACUUCAUUUAUUAAUUUGUCCCACAGCAAAUUCAGAAAAGAUUGUUCUACAACAGUGUUAAUACCUCCCUUUAGUUUACUGAUAAUAAAUGUUAAUAAAAAACAUUAACUAAUAUUAAA